AUAUCGAUCUGCACUUGAAAACAAAGGAGUCGCCAUAUCGAUCUGCACUUGAAAACAAAGGAGUCCCCGUAUCAAUUUGCACUCGAAUACAAAUGAGCCUUUUAAUGCGCAGAAAAAACGAUACGAGAUUCUUCAUUUGAUAAGAAAUAGACAGUGAAAAAAAUUCAGGGCAUAGGGCAAGGCGUAGAAUCAUUGACGUUUGUUUGCGUGGUGGGUAUGAUUUGGCUUAAGGUAGGGGAUAGAAUCAUAAUUCAGAUGCAGCGCAGCAGUAGAGGGUGGGUUCUCUUACCCUGAACUUGGCACAACAGAGAGAGAGAAAACAUUGGAUUGAAAGAAUCACCCACCAGUUAAUGUGAAUCUCAUACUAGAGCAGGAGGCAAAGCAAAGAUUCUUGAGUUGCACUCCAAGCAAGGAAGGAACAUCCAACCAGAAAAGCAUUUGUAUUUGUAUUUGUAUCCCCAACGAUGUGAUGUGGUGGAGUAACAAAUGGGAGCUCAGAAGAGCAUUCAAGCUGGAAAAGCAAAGAUAGAUGUGAACGUGGAUCUCUCUCACCAAUUACGUGAAGCCCUCCUCCCCUCCUCAUUCAGGAACUCAACCAAUCCCUUGUCAUACAUAAUUGGAAGCCUUGAUAUCAAACACCCGGACCUAUUUGGCAGAAGGGACAAGUUGGAUGUGUUGUGGGAUCACAACGGACUCUCUCAUUCCAAUCUCCUCAUUUCUUACCUCAGCAAGCCCACCUCACAAUGGUUAGCCGCUCAGCAAUCUUUCUUCCUUCAGCACUCGGUUGCGCCCGAAAUCACAAUACAUGGAGUGCCCAUCGACAAUUUCUCGCAUUCGGUGAGUGGGGGUGUUAAGCUCUCCCGUUUCUUAGUGGGCUUACAACUUCAUGAGCCCCCAUCUGCUGCUUCAACUUGCAACUGGACCAGCAAAACCAGCAUAAGGUUUGAGCACGUUCGCCCAAUCAAUGACUAUGGCCGGUCUAUAACAAGAGAUUUGCAUGGCUUUCCAGUUACUAGCAGUGGCAAUCUCCAUGAUGAUAUGAUCAUUCUGAAGACGGAGUCACAAUAUACGAUGGCAGACGACCAAAGCUUUUCACUGUUGAAUUUCCAAAUAGAACAAGGGGUACCCCUUUUGUCCAAAUGGAUAGCCUUCAAUCGUUUCAAAUUUGGUGCUAGAAAAGGAUUUAAAGUUGGACCAGCAUUUGUCUUCACGGGCGUGACAGGUGGUUCCAUUGUUGGGGAUAUGGCUCCAUAUCAAGCAUUUAGCAUUGGGGGACGGAGCAGUGUUCGAGGAUAUGGCGAAGGUGCAGUGGGCACGGGAAGAGCCUGUCUGGUCUUGAAUAGUGAACUCUCUGUUCCCCUGACAAAGAUGUUGGAAGGCACAAUAUUCCUGGAUUGUGGAACAGAUUUGGGCUCUGGCCGACACGUCCCAGGAAAUCCUGCUCUCAGGCAUGGGAAACCAGGUUCGGGAAUUGGAUUGGGGUACAGCCUUCGUUGCCAGUCUCGCUUGGGGCAGAUUCAAAUGAAUUAUGCUAUCAAUGCUUACCAGCAGAAGAGUUUUUCCUUUGGUAUCAGUAACGCUGCAUUUUGAACUUCGCAUCAAGAGAUUUGCCAUUCAAGUUUGACCUCAAAUUUGUCAGUUCCCCAUUCAGGAACGCUCAGUCAAGGAAAUGCAUGAGUUAGUCCCAUGGGCAACCGUUCAUACGGGAGCAAUAGCUUCUUACAAUUUUGCAGAGUAAAAUAAGCCAACGACAAAAGGCACUCAUUGUCGAGAAAGUAAUUACUUGCUUUAGAACCUCUUUUUGAGAUUUUGCAAAAGUAGUUCAUUCUUUUUCAUGAAAUAAAUCACCUAAGGUGCAUACCAGUGAA